AUGGAAAUCGAAGGUAGUGUACUCGAAAAAUCGACAUUAACGACCUUUCUACGACGCGAUAUUUAAUUCCGCAGCUACUGACAGAUCCUCCCGUUUGCGGUCGACUGUGGAACGAUUUGUGCAAGUGCAUCUAAACGGAAGCAAGAGUGUAAAUAACAACUCACAGGCGUCCGUUUCGGAUGCAGGAGCGAAUGAAGAGCACUGCAUGUGAGGCAUAUGAAGCGUGCACAUGAUAUUUAUGAGAUCAGGAUAAAGAGCGCACGGUGAUACUUUAGCCUGGCUGCAAGGAAGAAAAAAAAAACGCGACAGUAAACGUAUCUGAGUUUCGCCGCGUGCGGGCAGGAGGAUAGAUGCGAAAAUAGGAAGUGCAUGUCAGUGGUAGCGACAUUUAUGCUCCAUAACGUGAGGAUAAUGAUUUAAGUGUUUAUGGUGAGAGAGAGAAAGAGGGAUCAUUACACGGCACUCGGUUAAAUUUAGAUGUGAAGUGGUGCUCAGAAGUGGUGGGAACAGGUCGACAGAGAAGUUCUCGACGUGACAAAUGCACUGAUGUGCAACCGAACGCUACAGUUACAAAUUAGUCAUUAGGGGAUUAGUUGGAUAAUGCUCUCGUCGUAUGUAGCGGUGGCGAGUGCUUUUGGAUUUCAUAUAUUUUAUGAGAUCAACGUCUCUUUUAGCCGCCAAACUUUAUGAACACUCCACUGAAGUGAACAUCUGUUUCCGCAAUCAACGGGCUGAAUAAAUCGUUGGCGGCAAAACCGCCAGAGGACGGUCUCGGAGCCAGCCAGUGAGUGCAGUGUUAUAAAAAGUGUAAAAUUCAGUGACAUCGCAGAGGAACAAACUGACAAGCGAAAAACAAAUAUUUUCUUUUCACUGUGAACCUUCCGGCCAGUGUGUGAGCUACUGCACGCUUGUUGGGUAUGUUUGAUUAAACAGUCGGGAAUAGGCUUAUAUCUCUACGAAUGUCACACAUAAAUGCGUGCCGUCGUGUUUGGCUGAAUGUGUUGCCUAUAUAAAGUGUUUACAUCCUCUCAGAUUUGCUAGAAUUUUUUUGUGCGUUCACUAGGAGUUGGAGAUCGUGCGUGAUAACUCGCCAGCCGCCCCCGUCGUAUCGCUUGAUUGUGUCACUGGACGGCUGAGCAUUGCAUAUAUCAUGUUUCUGCUGCUCGAUGAUACGAAUUGCUCAAUCAUUGCCAUCGUAUUGUGAAGCAUCAAACGAAUGAAGGACGAACGUUUGUAAGCGAUUUAGUCCCGUUUGUGUUCCGUCAGUUUCAACAGUGUGAAUCCGAACUGUACACAUUAAUUAAUGGAAAGGAACAAUAAGCUCGACUAGAGGGGAGCAGCGCUAAAACAUGCUUCUCGUCCGGACUGCCACGGAAAACUGCACCAUAGGCUGCACCAUAGGUUCCAUUCAGCGAAUUCAGCGAGCUAACAGGUGAAUCACAAUAUUAAUCUAUAGAGCGUCAUUCGAGCCGCGCGUGCCGCGCCAAAGCGAGGCUAUCCGGAAGACAAAGCUUGAAAAAGCUCUCACGCUUCGGUGGUCGAUGGGAAUAAAAAAUCCUUUCUCCGGGAUGUUUGAACAAGAACGAAUAUACACGACUAGUAGCACGAUACAUGUAUGUCCUGCCGGCGAGGGCAGUUGUGUGAACAAGCACUUCAAAUGAAAAACACUUUCAGCGGCGGUACGUACGUUGGUGUGGAAAGGACUCCCGGUGUUCGGCGCGGAAGCGCAACAAAGCACAACUUUUACCUUGUACCUGUGUCAGUUAAUUAUAAAUGCACAAGCCAAAGUAGUGAUGCAGCUUGCCUGCAUACGCGACAACAGUGAGGUGCGAUUCUGCCUAGAGCUUAUCUUCGCACGCGUCGGAAAACUGCCAACGGUGGCAACGUGGAAUAGAACGUUUUGUAAUAAGAUACAAGCGGCGGCACUCACUCAUCUUGUAUUGAACAUGAAAAGGACGAGGUCUGCGGAAGGGAUAUAAAAGAGAGAAAAACAGAAAAAAAAACAUCCGAACAGAAAAUAAAUGACUAGCUUGGAGCUCGUACAAUAACAUGGCCUGGCGGAACACGAUGAGCAGCAACUUGUGUUGCUGCUGCUGCUGUUGCUGUUGCUGCAAUCAGAGGCAACUGCUGGCUGUGAUACUAAUUUUUACUAUCGCAAUGGGAGCUCCACAUUCAGAUUCCAGCCAGCUGCAGACUAACUUUCUGACGCCUAUUUUACCGCAAGGAUACUUUGCGACCAGAAAUAACACAAAAGUUACAGCCCAAAGAGGCGGUACCGCGCUGUUGCCGUGUACCGUACAAACACAAACCGCCGCUCUGGUAUCCUGGGUACGGCGAAGAGAUUUCCAGUUGCUAACAGUGGGCCUCUCCACCUACAGCAGUGACGAACGCUUCCUGGUGGAACAUAUCCGGCACAUGGGCCACUGGGCACUGCGCAUCAAAGCCGUACGGGACGAAGACCAAGGACUGUACGAAUGCCAACUGUCGGUGCAUCCGGUGCAAUCGGUUUUUAUUGAACUCACAGUUGUCGAGGCCGUUGCAGAUAUUUUGGGUGCUCCGGACUUGCAUAUCGAUGAGGGCUCCACGUUACGGUUAGAGUGUAAACUUAAUCAAGCUACCGAGUAUCCAGCUUAUGUUUUCUGGUACCACCAGCAAAGCAUGGUAAACUUUGACCAGCAAAAUGGGUUUUCGGUAACGCCAUUCCAACCCUUGGCCACGGUCGGAACGUCCUCGCUGAGCGACACAACCGAACAACAUCAUGCGCCAUUCCACGAACCCGAUAUCGAACACCAUCUGCCGCACCACGGCCAUCACCAGCAUGAACUGCAUCGUCAUCUACACCUAGCGCAUCGCCACCAGCCAGGUAGCCACACUCUGGACCAGGAUGAUGGCAGCUUCGGAAUAAAUGCACUCGAAAUGAUGGUACCUCCUGGACAGCUGGAUCAUUCAUCGGUUGACACGGCAGAAGCGCAACUGACCACAGACUCUUCGGAUCCCAUCAGCAGCUUAGACCACCAUCCGGUGCAACAAGAGCUAUGGGCGUUAAAUCGCAGCGGGUUUCUGCCGUACUCGCACAUACUUUCACCAGUCACCAGCGUUCUGACAAUCAAGGAGGUGCACUCCAAGCACGCUGGCAACUACACAUGUGCACCUUCCAACACCCGGUCCGCUAGCAUCACCGUUCACGUAUUACAAGGUGAAAAGCCGGCCGCGAUGCAGCAUGCCAACCAGAGCCAGCUGGACUCGGACGUCAGCAAAACCAAAGGUGGCGCCUCCAGCAGAGCCAUCCGUCCACACUCCUUCAUAGUGGUGGUGUCGUUGGUGCUGCUUUGGACGAUGGCACCGGAAUCUAUUCUCGCAACCCACGCGCUAAAUAGGUGAAAUCGGUUGUCCCUUACAACGGCCAACAAACUAGCUGAAUGCUGCUGUUAGACAGUAACCAUGCCCGUGCAUGACUUACAGGUUAAAUUAGUUUAAACGAGAGUGAAGAUACUAUAUCUAUGCUGAGGGAGUCCUCACUGUUAAAGCAUUGGUCGCCUGAAGCUAGGAAAUAAUACUGUCCCUCAUCAAAUGGAUGUAUUAUAAUGCAAUAUGAAUUACCUUUUAGGUUUAUUUUACAGAUAAAAUCGUUUGCCCUCUCUUAUAAACAGAGGGACACCCUAUUGUAAUAAGGAUGGUGUGUACCCUGCCCGGAAGUCCGAAGUAUUGUGUAGAGAAUGCAGGGAAUAGCGGAGUAAAUUUCGCAAGAGCAGAAAAAACGGAAACAAUGCAAAGUAUGAGUCAAACUAAAAUGAAAUGUAAAUUUAAUUUCAGGUUUCUAUUCGUGAAAUACAGCAAACUUCUCUAUUUGGUAAAAUUUCAUUACGAAACCACGAUUCAAUUUUGUGACACAGAACCUAAUAAAAAAAACUGAACGAAAUCGUAGAUGGUGCAGAAAAAAAUGUACAGCCAUGCUCUGUGUGUUAAUGAAUUAUAGAGAAGACUAUUGCUAAACGAGAAGUGUGAUUAGAUAGUGAAAUUGUUUCAACAGCAUCUGCAGAAGUCAAUAAAAUGUAAAGUCGAAUA